UCAGUUGUCUGUGGUCUUAUCAUGAUUGAUUUUUGUUGAGAGUUUUGUCUGAAAUCCCAGCUGUUUAGCUGCAGCAUCUGCAUUGCGCCUGCCUGAACUGGAUGCACUUCUGGGAAAAAUCGUUUAAGUACCUCAGUCACCAUGUCGGCCCCGGUAGAUGAAAGGAUUUCGGACGAAAUAGAGGCUUUGGAAGCUAUAUUAUUGGAUGAUGUCGUUAUCAAGAAAGUCGACGGUAUUCCUAAAAUAAUAGAAACAGUGGUCCAUCCAUCUACAGGAGAUGAUGUAGACCAACAGUAUGUUUGCGUGACGCUGGAGGUCAAGUUAACACCGAAAUACCCUGAAGACAGUCCUGAUGUGGCCCUCAGGAAUCCGAGGGGCUUAGACGAUGAAACACUGGCCACUAUUAAUUCACAAAUAACGAAAAGAUUGAAGGAAUGUGCAGGGCAAUCUAUCGUCUUUGAACUCAUUGAGUUGAUACGGGAAAACUUGACAGAAAGCAACUUGCCGAGUGGACAAUGUGUAAUUUGCCUGUAUGGCUUUGUAGAGGGUGAUAUUUUCAUUAAAACUAAAUGUUACCACUACUUUCAUAGCCACUGCCUUGCCAGCCACCUGAUUGCUGGUGAGAAAUAUUACCAGGAAGAGCUUGAUAAGUUACCUAAUUGGCAACAAGUGCAGGCACCACCUUAUAAGCAAACAUGCCCAGUGUGCCGCUGCCAUGUUUCUUGCGACGUGGAAGCCCUUAAGAGGGCGCCACACCCUGUUGAAUCAACAACAGCUCCUCCGUUCAGCUUGACUGCAGAGCUAAAGGCCCUGCAGAAGCACAUGGCGGCACUGCUGGCGCGCCAGAUUGCCAGGGGCGGUGUGGUGGGGAUGGGAGACACGGGGCCGCCACCACUCACCAUCACCACGGCUUCUGACAAUGAGGAUGAGGCCACAAAUGGUGCAACCUGCAGCACGGCGCCGCCGCCGAAGCCCCCGGCCGCGCGCCCCGCGGUGAAGGACAGCAGCUCGGAGCGGGACUCCGCCCCCGGAUCGCCGCAAGCGCGCGCCCCCUACAAGGGACCUUACAGGGGCUUCAACCGCCGCGGCAAGCCGGGGCGGAGGCCCCGCGGCGCUCCGCGGUGACCAUCUACGGCCCCAGUAACAGACCCCGUACCCUCCCACACUUCCCCUUACUUGAAAGAAUUACAACCCUCGUACUAUUCCCGAAAUAUCCCUCCUAUACCCAUCUUCUAACACCAUGUUAAUUUAUACUAGUUUACGGUACUUGAUCUCAUUGCCCCAACCGUAACUACCUUCUAAUUUAUGUAUAAAAAAAAAGAAAAAGUAAAAAAAAAGUCCCGUUAAGUUUGCAAUUUCUGUGAAAAAAAAAAUAAAAACAAAAAAAAAAUUCCUAAUUAA